AUGGAAAAAUUUUUCAAAAGAAAAUCAACUUUUGGGGAUUCAUCUAAUCAAAGUAGUCCCGAAGUGUCAAGUGCAAGGCCUCGUAUUGAAGUAGACAUAGAUGAACUUGAAGUUGAUCCGGGUAAAAGGAAAAAUAUAUAUGAAUAUCAUAUCAAUGAUAGAGAUAUUGUGCAGAGACGGUAUCUACAAAUGGGUCCUUGUCAACCAAAAAAUCAUGUCUUUCCUUCUAGAGUGAUUACGGGUGUUAAUAGGAGAUUUAAUCCUAAAUGGUUUGAAGAUCAUAGCAAUUGGUUGGAGUAUAGUGUAUCUGAAGAUGCAGCAUAUUGCUUAUGUUGUUAUCUAUUCAAAGAUGAAAGUAGUGGACAACAAGCUGGGGGAGAAUCAUUGGUCACAGAAGGAUUCAACAAUUGGAAAAAAGGAUCGGAAAAGUUGCGUGGACAUGUUGGUAAUCAUAAUAGUGUUCACGCAAGGAACGUACAAACUUGUCGAGAUUUAAUGACUCAAGAGCAACACUUACAAGUUUGUGUAUCAAAACACUCGGAGCAAUCGAAACAAGACUACCGUGUUCGAUUGACUUCAUCAGUUAAAUGCAUCCGGUUACUUUUGAGGCAAGGACUUGCUUUUCGUGGAAAUGAUGAAAGUUACGACUCUCUUAAUCGGGGAAACUUCCUUAAACUCUUAAAGUUUCUUGCAGAUAAUAAUGAAGAUGUUGGCAGAGUAGUGAUGCGAAAUGCACCAGAAAAUCACCAAAUGACUUCUCCUUACAUUCAAAAAGAUAUAGUUAAUGCAAUUGCAAGUGAGACAACUGAAAUGAUAAUCAAUGAUCUUGGUGGAGAAUUAUUUGGAAUAAUAGUUGAUGAGUCAAGAGAUAUAUCAGUGAAAGAGCAGAUGAUUGUGUUUAUUCGGUAUGUGAAUUCAAAAUUUCAAGAAUACGAGGCCAAGGCUAUGAUGGAGCAAGUAAUAUGCGAGAUGUUGAUUGAUUCAAUUUCUGCUGAUACAAUUGAAACGGGAAUUGGUUUGAAUCAAGAAGUAGUUUUACAACGUCCUGGUGAUACACGUUGGGGAUCUCAUUAUGGUGCACUUGUGAGCAUUCUGAAAUUAUUUUCUCCGGUGAUUGAUGUUCUUGACGAAUUAAGGCAAGAUCCAAAACAAAGGCUAGAAGCAUUUAGAGUAUUGAAGAAUAUCCUAUGUUUUGAUUUUGUAUUCUUUUUGCACUUAAUGAAGGAUGUUUUAGAAAUUACCAAUGACUUGUCACAAGCAUUACAGAGGAAAGAUCAAAACAUUGUGAAUGCCAUGAGACUAGUUGAUGUCUCAAAACAAAGGUUACAAAUGAUGAGGGAUGAUGGGUGGGAAGCUCUUAAAAGAGAAGUUUCACUAUUUUGCAACAAGAAUGCAAUUUACAUACCUAAUAUGGAUGAAGUUUAUGUAGUUCCUGGAAGACCUCGUCGUAAUGUUGAAGAAAGGACUCAUCUUCAUAGGUACCGUGUUGAAAGGUUUUGUGUGGUCUUAGAUCUACAACUUCAAGAGCUAAACAACCGUUUCAAUGAGAAGAAUACAGAGUUGCUCUUAUGCGUGGCAUGUUUUGAUCCAAGGAAUUCCUUUGCUAUGUUUGAUAAAGAUAAGUUAAUUCGAUUGGCACAGUUCUAUCCAAAUAAUUUUUCUGAUAUUGAACUUGAAUUACUAGAUAACCAACUGCAGAGUUAUUUUAUUGAUGUAAGUUCUGAUCCUGCUUUCUCUAAAUUGGAUGGUAUUGAUGAAUUAGCUCAAAAACGGGUGGAAACGAGAAGACGUUUGGACUAUACGUUAGUGUAUUUGCUUCUAAAGUUGUCUUUGAUCCUACCGGUUGCAACUGCUAGUGUGGAAAGAGCAUUUUCUGCUAUGAAGUUAAUUAAGACAUCUUUACGCAACCGGAUGAGUGAUGAUUUCUUACAUGAUUGCUUAGUGCCAUAUGUUGAAAAUGAUGUUUUUGAUCAAGUUUCAAAUGAAGCAAUUCUACAACGAUUUCAAAAGAUGAGAGAGCGUAGAGGAGUAUUAUCCCGUACUUCAUCAUAA